GGGGAAGCGGCUGCGCCCCGCCGUGCCCGCGACCUGAGCGCGUGUGGGCGGGGUGCGCCCUGCGCCGCGAUAAAUAGCGCUGUGCCGCGACUGACAGCCCGGCCCGAGCGGCACCGCUGGCCGCCGAGGUGGGGAAAGCUGCGCUCCGCCGUCUGUGCGCGCCCCACGGCCGUGCUGCUUCUCGUUUUGUUUCUCGGGGAGAGCCGGAGCAGGGGGCGGACCGGGCGAGCCGGAGCCAGGCUCUUUCCCCUUCUCCCUCCCUGCGGCGCACGGGAGAUGCUGGAAGCUGCUGCGAGUUUGCAGCGCCCGAGAAGUGCGGCGAGAGCCGUGUGAGCUCCUGCCGGUCCCCGCUGCUGGCAGCCGCUCGUAGUCCCGUACGCAGCCGGCCCCCGCCGCCCCUUUCUGCCGCCGGAGCAGGCUGCCCACCCCGCAGCCCAGGAUGCAGUUUCGCCUCUUCUCUUUUGCCCUGAUCAUACUGAACUGUAUGGAUUACGGCCACUGCCAAGCCGGCCGCUGGAGACGCAGCAAGAGAGCUAGCUAUGGACCAAAUCCAAUUUGCAAAGGUUGUUUAUCUUGUUCAAAGGAUAAUGGAUGCAUCAGAUGCCAACACAAGUUAUUCUUCUUCCUACGAAGAGAAGGAAUGAGACAGUAUGGUGAAUGCUUGCAUUCCUGCCCAUCGGGGUACUACGGACUUCGAACGCCAGAUAUGAACAGAUGUUCAAGAUGCAGAAUAGAAAACUGCGACUCCUGCUUUAGCAGAGACUUUUGUACCAAAUGCAAAACUGGCUUUUACUCGCACAGAGGUCGCUGCUUCCGAGGAUGCCCCCCUGGAUUUGCAGCUUUGGAAGAGCUUAUGGAAUGUGUGGAAGGCUGUGAAGUAGGUCAGUGGAGUGAGUGGGGAGCUUGCAGCAGAAAUAACAAAACAUGUGGAUUUAAGUGGGGCCUGGAAACAAGAACAAGACAAAUUGUGAAGAAGCCAGCAAAAGACACGAUACCAUGCCCAACCAUUGCAGAAUCCAGACGGUGUAAAAUGGCCUUGAGGCAUUGUCCAGGAGGGAGAAGGCCAACAAAAACAAAGGACAAGAAAAAGAAGAAAAAGAACUUAAUGGAAAGAGCUCAGAAGCAGCACAGCAUCUUUUUAGCAACAGAUAAAACAAGCCAGUAAAGACUUGAUUUCCUUUAAUAUUUUUUUUUUUUUUUGCAAAGUGCACAAAAGCUGCUAUAUGCUCCUGCCCAUGGAUGCACUAUGAUUCAGCUGCUUUGACAGUGUUGGUGGCAAAUACCUUGUGAAAAAGUAAAAAAAGUCCACAAGCUUCUUUGUUUUAUUUAUAUAUUUUUUUAUUUUAUUUUUUCUUGUCAUUUUUGUCCUGAAGACUUCAAGGUCAGGAGCUAACUGAGUUCAGUCAGUGGAAGUGGUGCUGAAGGGCAUCAGAGAUUUUGUCCUGGGUUCCUUGUCAACAUGUUGACAUGGAACAGAAGCAGGAAAGAAAUCUAUGUAUCACCAUUAGGCGGACUUGUGCAUAUUUAAAUAAAAAAAGAAGGAAGUCUUGAAGGUGUAGGUACUAUUGCAUUUAUGGCUCUUGUUUCCUAUAUUUGAACGUUUCAAGAGUAAAUAGAUAUGACUUACCUACUUAGUGUUAAUGUACACUGUUCUCAGCACCUGCUACAUUGAAACAGUUGUAUAAUAAAACUGCUUUAAGACAACAUAACGUGGGAAUUACUGCUUAGACUUACAGAAGCACAACAGACUCAAUGUGUACAUAUUACUCUGUCUACAUAUAAAUGAACAUAUUUACUGUACAUCUAUGCAUUUUUAUGUAUAAUACUUUAUACGUGUUUAAAGUAAUGUCUUGUUGGUUCUAGUAAUAUACUUUAAAAUAAUCCAGUAAAUGUUUACUUUUUACUAUGUUUUAAGUAUCUUCUCAUAUUUCUCAACAGUUAUAAACUGGAUUUUGUUUUGAAUUUGCAAAGCACAUUCAGAUGGCUAAACUACCUUGUAGUGACCCUCUCAUUGAGAGGGCCAGCUCUGAAAUAGACAUGCCAGACUAGUAAACAGCAAAUCUUUUCCACUCUUCUGUUCUCCUAUCUCAGUCCUGGUGUAUUUUGUCUCAGAAAAAGAAGUGUAACUUUUUAUAAGAUGAGGCACUAUGACAAUAGAAGUUUUGAGUGUCAGAAGAGAAAUUAUAUGGAAAUUUCUUCGUAUCUAAGAUUGUAUGUGUAGUUUUUUUUUUCAAAUAUAAUGCACAAGGUUUUAUUUCUUUUAGUCCUCAUCCAGUCAGAUACAGCAAACAAAUACACGAAUAGGGGAAAAACACAAGAAACAGCUAUGCGAGUUCAGUCAUUCAAAAGCAUAGCAAACACCAGUGUCCCAGUAUUGCCAGUUAUCUGUAGAAGUUCAGCAAAUUUAAUCUGCGUCUGGUAUUUGUUUGGGUUUGGGAGGGAGAGGUGGAGAUGAUUUUCUUUGUACGAAGUCAAAAUGACUCAGGAUGUGUAAUUUGGUAAUCUAGCGUUACUGGACUUGCAUUCAAAGAAGGUUUUGAAUACCUGCUGGGAAAAGCCCACACUAAAAUGGCUGUCAUGCUGUCAGAUACCUUAUUCCGGUUCUAGGGCUAACACUUGCAUUUGACCUACAGAAAUCAAGGAAAAGGUAAAGCUGGCCCCAGAACCUUACAAGACUCUUGGCAUACACUUCAGAAAAAUCCCACAAGUCUCAGUUUUCUGGGUUAUAUGCUUCACAUAUAAACUACGAAACUACAGCAACUAUAAGCACAACUAUAUCCAUAUUAAGCUAGGACAAGUGUUUCUACAAAAAUGUGCACUGGUUAGGCAUGUAUGAAUGUUCCAUGAAGUCGCUUGUGGACUUUGACUUGGCCAUCUUUCAUUUAGAGUAUGUUCAUAUUUAACUAGAACAUAAUAAUGUUAAGGACAGUAAAAUUGUUCUGAUCCUGGGCUGCUAUUUUGGACCUUAAAUUUUCACUUAAAAAAAAAAAAAGACAGUAAGAACUGUAGCUGCCUGUUUGCUUAUUGGUCAUCAAAUUUGGCUGUAAGUUCAGUGAAUGCCCUCAUACAAUCCUUCUAGUAGUGGUGACAAGUGUAUUAGGCAUGUCAUAAAAAGAAUGCUACAAAAUACAAUAAAAUUAUGCCA